ACUGUCGGUUCAUAGUUUCCCCCGCCCUUUUAUUUUACCACUACGUGCUACAUGCAGCCUCCCAGCAGUAACAGACACCCUGGGGUGCGCCUCCACGUUUCCUCUCCCCGUCUGACUGAGUAAGGCGCUGAUAUCUCCCCUGUUGAUUGCCACAGGCUCCUCUCCUCUGGAAGCACGAGCCGCAGUCUGAUCCGAGGGGGCCAGCAUCUCCACUGCAAAAAACCCGGAUUCAAAAGUUACUUGUUGCCUAAUAAAAUCAACUGAUGAUUAUUGAAAUAAAGGCAAACCACUCCGUCAUAUGUUACCAAGUGAAGCCUUGAAUUUGCAUUGAGCUGAAAGGACGUCUCCCCCGCGGCAGACUAUUUUCCUGUUACUUGUGACCGCACUCCGCGCUGACUAAAACACCGCAGGCGGAUAAUUGUUUUGCAGUGCAGUGAGCAUAGGGGUCUCUGCAGUGACACCUGUCAGCUCAACACCUGGCAGACGGGAUGGACUGUGUGCGCAUGCUCCGUCGUCAGGUUGAAAUCUCUCUUAAAGCUCCUGGACCAACGCCUCCCCACCAGUGGAGAUCUUCAGAGUGAGCAGCAGCGUCGACCCUCUCCACAGCUGGAUUACUCUCUCCCAUUUGUCUACUCGCAGAUCAGAGAUGCCUCGCUCAUUCAUGGUGAAGAGUAAGAAGGCGCACAGUUACCACCAGCCCCGGAGCCUGGAGGACGACUACAGCAGGCUGGACACUAUACUGGCGCACAUAUGCUCAGAAGAAGAUAAGCUCCAAGAUGACGCCGAGAUGUCGGCGGACAGGUUCGGCCUCUCCCCGGACUCCCACCUGGCCGACGCUGCCGAUUUCUCCCCGAAGUCCCCUCUGAGCUGCGCCGAAAGCCUGUGUGGCCGCUCCCCGGACUAUGAGGACUUCUGGAGGCCUCCGUCCCCCUCUGCAUCCCCGGUAGAUUCAGAGAAAUCCUUGUCUCCUCUGGUGGAUGAAACACAAGCCUUCUCCGUUCCCUUCCGGCCGUAUGCCUGGAGCAGCUUCACUGGGCCGGGGCUGAGGCCGCUGCUGCAACAGAACCUCCACCCCGGCAUGGAGGUGGAUAGGGGCCCGGCGGCGUUGGCCUUCUACGGUGACAGGAGCAGCCACUCAGCGCUGUACGCAGAGCAGACUCUGGGCGAGGAGGCUUACGGGGACUACAGGAGGCACGCUGCUGCUUUACUGUUUCCUGAGAGGGGCCUGCACAACAAGAGCCACAACGUGAAGGCCCAGGCUGAGCUGCUGUGCUCCAGUCUGAUCCUCAACGGGGCUUACAAGUGUAUCAAGUGCAGUAAGGUGUUUUCUACUCCACACGGUUUGGAAGUCCACGUCCGCAGAUCGCACAGCGGCACUCGGCCAUAUGCGUGCGAAAUCUGCGGCAAAACCUUUGGACACUCAGUCAGCCUGGAACAACACAAAGCCGUGCACUCUCAGGAAAGAAGUUUUGACUGCAAAAUAUGCGGUAAAAGUUUUAAGAGGUCUUCUACUCUGUCGACGCACUUGCUCAUCCACUCCGACACCCGGCCGUACCCCUGCCAGUACUGCGGGAAGAGGUUCCACCAAAAAUCAGACAUGAAGAAACACACGUUCAUCCACACAGGUGAGAAGCCACACAAAUGCCAGGUGUGCGGGAAAGCGUUCAGCCAGAGCUCUAACCUCAUCACGCACAGCAGGAAACACACCGGCUACAAACCUUUCGGCUGCGACCUCUGCGGCAAAGGUUUCCAGAGGAAAGUGGAUCUGAGGAGACACAAAGAGACGCAGCAUGGACUGAAGUGAAGCGACCACUGCACACAUCAUGUCAUGUAAUUCGAGUCUUUAAAACAUUAUUCUGGAAACGAUUGAGGACAUCGGACAAAGACAUUUCAGACUAACAAAAUCGCCUUUGAGGACAUUUCUUGGAUCGAUUCACUUUGAUCCACUUUAUAAAACCUUCAUGUGAAAGUGCAUUGAAAACAUACAUUAUAUAGUUAUCUCAGCCAAUAGGCAGAUUAUUUAUUUAUUUUAAUAAAGAAAAUGUAUAUGUCUCACUGAAUUCUUCUGAGGGAUUUUGCAGUGAAAACAACACUAAUUGUUCUAAAGGUGCAGAAAACCAGAGAUAAGCUGUGAACUGUGAGGAAUGUAGAUAUGAUGAUAAAAUAAAUGUAUCAUGUUUGUUA